CAUUUUCCGAGCUUUCGCGCACUGGACACGUGCUUCACUGCAUCGCUCGGGCAAACCACAUUGAUGAUAAUAUACACGAGUCGGCCAAUAUGGUACGCGAACAUGGCAGCCUGACAAAGGACGACGAGACGAACCAGGCGGCUUGGGAGGCUGUCAAGGGUGGGGCUUAUGGGGGUGUCAAGUGGGGCGCGUUCUUCGCCGUCGCGGGGGGAGUCGCAUACGCGGUCUCACCUCUCUACAGAGGGUUGACUGUGCAGUUCAAAACAUACAUACAGAUGUCCGCCAUGAUCUUCGGCGGCAUGGUCGAGGCUGAUGCCCGUAUGCUCCGGUAUCACCAUGCUGUUCGAUCGCAUAAGAAAUUGCAGUCAGAUAUGGCUGUGUGGAGGGCGUACGAGAAUGAGUACGAGGAGCGGGGGACGCCGGCAGUGGGUUCUGAGAGCGGGGCGCGUGGGAAGAGCGCUGGAGAGUAAAAUGUGGGAGGAGCUGGAGAGUAAAGUGUGGGAGGAGCUGGAGAGUAAAGUGUGGGAGGAGCUGGAGAGUAAAGUGUGGGAGGAGCUGGAGAGUAA